AUGAGCAACACGCCCGGCUCGCUGCUCGCCCGGAUCGGCCAGGACCUGUACCAGCAGCCAUGCCACCCCCUCGCGGUCCUCAAGCACUCCAUCGCCGCCCAGCUGCCCGGCUUCGAGCUGCUCAGCUGCCCCGACCCCGUCGUCACUCCGUUCCAGAACUUCGACCAGCUCGGCUUCCCCGCCGACCAUCCCGGCCGCAGGAAGGGCGACUCCUACUACCUCAACGCAGACUUCAUGCUCAGAACUCACACCUCCGCUCAUGAGGUCGAGAUAUUCGCUCGCGGAAAGGAACACUGGCUGUUGGCCGCCGAUGUCUAUCGUCGGGACGAGAUCGACUCCUCCCACUUCCCGGUCUUCCACCAGAUGGAAGGCGCAAGCGUGCUCCCCCGGACUCAGAUCGAUCAGUUCUCGCGCAAGACGAGCGAACUCGCCUAUCGACUGUCGCACCAAAACAUCCAGAUCGAGGACUUGACCAGUGUAGAUGCGGGGAACCCAUACCAAGCCGACCAUCGAGCCGAGGAAGCCAAGAUAGUAACGGAAAACCUCAAGACGACGAUCAACUCGUUGAUCUACGGCCUCUUCAGAAACAUCCUACAGAUCCACUCCUCUCCCAUCAAAGUCCGGUGGAUCCCCGCUUACUUCCCCUUCACCUCCCCCAGCUAUGAGGUCGAGGUCCUCUUUCAGGACAAGUGGCUCGAAAUCCUGGGCUGUGGAGUCGUCCAACAGCGGACGUUGAUCGAAGCUAAGGUGCCUGAGAAGAUCGGAUGGGCCUUCGGACUAGGGCUGGAAAGAAUUGCGAUGGUCCUCUUCUCGAUCCCGGAUAUCCGACUCUUCUGGUCGACCGACCGACGCUUCCGGGACCAAUUCACCAACCAAGCCGUCCUAUCAUCUCCACAGCAAACCGGGGUUGUCAAGUUCCAGCCGUUCAGUAAGAACCCGGCCUGUUACAAGGAUCUCAGUUUCUGGAUCCCUGCCACUUCUUCGGAGGACAGCUUUGAAGCUAAUGACCUCUUCGAAAUCAUCCGUGACGUCGGCGGCUCUUGGGUCGAAGAAGUCAAACUCAUCGACGAAUUCACUCACCCAAAAACAGGCCGUCAGAGUCGCUGUUACCGGAUCGUUUACCGGUCCAUAGAAAGGAACCUUUCUAAUGAGGAAGUUAACCUUACCCAGGAGCGAGUACGGACCGCUUUACAAGAUAAACUUGGCAUCGAGUUCCGAUAG